AUGGAAGUCAACACCCUCUUCUUCCGCAUCCUCAUUUCGCUUCCGCUCUUCCCCGCCUUCGCAUCUUCCGCCGCCGUUGUGAAAUCCGGCUACUGGUUUUCCGGCAGCGAUUUCCCAGUCGCCGACAUCGAUUCCGCCCUCUUCACCCACCUCUUCUGCGCAUCCGCAGAUCUCGAUCCCCAAAACAGCCGCGUAUCAAUCCCCGCCUCAAAUGCUCAAGCAUUCUCCACCUUCUCGACCGUCGUCCGCCGCAGAAACCCCGCCGUCAAGACGAUUCUCUCAAUCGCCGGCGACAGCAACGAUUUCGCAGCAAUGGCAUCUCGACCCAGUUCCCGAAAGAAAUUCGUCGAUUCAUCAAUCAGAUUAGCUACUUCUCUCGGAUUCGACGGCCUCGACCUCUCCUGGAUCCACCCUUCAAGCCCUUCUCAGAUGGCCGAUUUCGCCCAAUUGGUGACAGAGUGGCGGCGAGCUAUCGCCUCAUCGGAAAAUGGAAAUCCCUUGAUUCUAACCGCUAGAGUGUUCCGCUCACCGGAACACGAAUCGGGUCGGUACCCGGUUCAGGAAAUGGCGGAAACCCUUGAUUGGAUCAAUGUAAUCACAUACGACUUCUACUCCCCUGUUUCUUCUUCUCCAAAAACAGGGCCUCCGGCAGCAUUAUACAACCCUGGAAACCAAAUCAGCGCCGACGCCGGAAUCAGGUCCUGGAUCGAAUCCGGUUUCCCGGCGGAGAAAAUUGUCAUGGGAAUCCCUCUCUACGGCUACGCCUGGAAGCUUUCCGACCCGAAAAGAAGAGACGGGUUUUUCUCCCCUGCUGCUGUUAAUGGACAUAUAAAUCAUUGUAUGGCUUAG